AUGAGCUCACUCGCAAUUGUCCUCCUGGCUUUGGUUUCCGCAACGCAAUGUCUACCCUUCAUCCAUCCCCGCCAGACAACUCCUGCCUGGUGUGAGGGCCUUGGGCCGGGUGCAUUCGAUACUGCGACCAACUUCACGCUCACCGCGUACAAUAUCACUGACACCACAUUGCCUCCCUUCACACAAAUCGGGCUGCCUCUCGUUGUGGCGACCACUCAACUCGGGCCCCUCGACACUGGGAUCCUUGCAACAUAUGUUUCGUACCCGUACAAUGACUUCCCGAGUUUUGGCUUAACAAGUGGCGCUCUUCUUCCGAAUUACUACGCGGAUUGGUAUACCACUGACGUCGGAGGGGAGCUGGGAAAUGACAUACCCACUUUCCAGUGGUCACCUGAGUCCGAUGAGCUUGACCCCCCCGCCCAAAUCUACUGCGCUAUCGCCAACAUUGACCCAGCUGGAGGUGGAAACCCGUACCCGCAGCUCGCCAUCAACACUGACGCUAACAACUUCUAUCUGUGUAUCAACGAGGAAGGCUGGACGGAAGUUGUACACAGUCCAUCUUCAAACAGUACUUCCUACUACCCUUCAUACAACCUGGACAGUUGCUAUCCUGUGACGAUUCAUUUGCUAGGUUUGGACUGA